ACAAGAAGUAUAGAUACCGCCAGAGACGGCCACAGACAGGGCAGUCUCACUGACCCCGGCACCCACGUGUCUCUGCUUCCUAGUUACCAGCAGUCUCUUUUUCUCAGCGACUGUCACUUAGUCAUUCACAAAAGACGGAUCUUUAAAAAAGAAAUGUAAAAAAAAAAAAAUUGACGGCCUGUCUCUUUGUUCUUCCAGCUGUCACUUGACCUCCCUGUCUCUCUCUUACCCUAGCUGUCUCUCAGAAACUGCCCCAUGGCCGCACUCAGUAGCCCCGGCUCCAGUCCCCACCCCACGUCCCCGCGUGUGUACUUCCAAUCCCCGGGGGAGACAGCAGAACAGCCGGAGAGACGACACCCGGGCAAAGUGACAGUCAAGUAUGACCGCAAGGAGUUGAGGAAGAGGCUGAGGCUGGAGGAGUGGAUCCUGGAGCAGCUGGUGGGGUUAUAUGACUGCCAGGAAGAAGAGAUCCCAGAACUUGAAAUUGAUGUGGAUGAGUUAUUAGACAUGGAGACUGAUCAGCAGAGAGGAGAGAGAAUGAAAGAACUUCUUAAUGACUGUUACAAACCAACAGAGGCCUUUAUAGCUGGGUUACUUGAGAAGAUUCAGGGAAUGCAGAAGCUGAGUACACCCCAGAAAAAGUGAUUGACUUGAAAGUGGGAGAGAGAAGACAGCGCCUCCACAUCAUCCUGGUAGAAGUGCAGUAUUGCAGGCUGUCAGGGUCACGGGCACCCCCUGCGCAGGUGGAAUUUGAGUGGCUGCGAGCAGUUCACUUGGAGAUGCAAUGCAGGGGAACCUUUUUUUUUGUUGGUUUUUUUUAUAUGAUGUUUUUGUAGAAAUCUUUUAUUAAUUAAAUAAAAAUGUAAUUAAGUGUUA